GUUCCACAGAAUCCAGGAGAUUCUCCGGUCACGUUGACUGGAAGAACUUGAUAUUCUCUAUCAAAUUGUAUCCCCAUCCAUGAGAACAACGGGAGAUCUUGAAGCUAAGCGCAGCUAACGAACCAAGCCCACAUUCUCUCACGGGGAACACGAUGUCGGUCUCGGCACUUGAUUCACGCCUGUUCCAGAACCUCUUUGGCACCCAAGAGAUUCGAGCCGUCUUCGAUGAUGAAGCAUACACUCAGCAAAUGGUCGAUGUUGAGCUUGCUCUAGCCCGGGCACAAUCCAAGAUUGGUGUGAUCCCGGCCGAAGCUGGAGAGGUCCUCACCCAAAAGCUCACCGAGGAAGGCUUCCGUCUGGACUUCGACCGUCUUUCGCGCGAGACCGAGAUUGUGGGCUACCCGGUCCUCCCACUCGUGCGACAGCUCGUCCAACAUGCCUCUGGUGAGAUGGAUAAGUAUAUCCACUGGGGAGCCACUACACAAGACAUUAUGGACACUGCCUCCGUGCUUCAGAUGCGCAAAGGGUUAGAAAUCGUCAAACGGCAUUUGCAAGAACUGGAAAACAUCUUGCGAACUCUGUCGAAGAAGUACCGCGACACGCCCAUGGCUGGCAGGACGCAUCUUCAACACGCUUUGCCAUGCACAUUCGGCUACAAAUGCGCCGUCUACCUAUCCAGCAUCCUCCGGCAUUCCGAGCGCCUCCGGGAAAUCGAAGGCCGCUGCCUUCUCGUCCAAUUCGGCGGCGCGGCCGGGACGCUGGCGUCUCUGGGGUCCGACGACACCGGCAUCCGCGUGAGGGAGGAGCUCGCAAAGGAGCUCGGGCUGGGCAACCCCAGCAUCACCUGGCACGUGGCCCGCGACAACGUGGCUGAAAUCAUCAACUUCCUCGCCCUCGUGGGGGGCUCGCUCGGCAAGAUCGCCUACGACCUGAUCCUCAUGUCGUCCAACGAACUGAGCGAGGCGUCGGAGCCGUUUGUCCCUCAUCGCGGGGCGUCGUCGACCAUGCCGCAGAAACGAAACCCCAUCUCGAGCGAGGUCAUCCUCGCGGCUUCGAAGCUCCUCCGCGCGAACGCGGGCCUGGCGCUGGACGCCAUGGUGACCGAUUUCGAGCGGGCGUCGGGCCCCUGGCACCUGGAGUGGGUGGCCGUGCCCGAGGCGUUCGUCCUGGCCGUCGGCGCACUGCACCAGACGAACUUCGCGCUGGGCGGCCUCGUCGUCAACACGGACGCCAUGAUGAAGAACCUGCUGUCCACGCGGGGCCUGAUCGUCGGGGAAGCCGUGAUGAUGGGUCUGGCCCCGUUCCUGGGCCGGCAGCAGGCCCAUGAUCUGGUCUACGAGGCCUGCAAGGAGUCGAUCGAGAAGGACCAGGCGCUGUUUGACGUCUUGAAGGACCGCGCCAGCAUCGCCGUCUACGUCUCGGAGGAACAGUUGAGGCAGCUCUGUGACCCGGCCAAUUACCUGGGGGCGAGCCAGCUGAUGGUCGACCACAUUCUCGGACUCGGAACGACAAGUUGAUGCACCCCGAACGCAUCGGUGAACACUGGGGGUGCAAUCCGCAAUGCUUUGUAAUUGAUGGUUGUGACUGGAGAAACUCGCACCAACCAGAGGAAUUCUGGCUGAUGCGGGCACAUGGCUAUGUAUCUACCGUACCACCGAACGCCUUAUUUCCGGGGCAAAAUUUAGAACUAGAGGCCAGGCCGCCCUUCUCCACAGGGCUAGCUCCGUACAGAAUGCAUAGAGUUCAUCUCGAAA